AUGGCGCAGGAAGCUGAUCAACAGGCAGCGGCUCUAGCAGAGCAGAGAGGCUCGCAGCUCGAUGCAGGCUGCGUGUCGGUCAGGCCUCCGGCCUCUGGCACGUGCGAGCUGGGGCCGCCCUUGGAGUGCCUCCCCCAGUACGUUGACUUCGAGCAGCUGCAAGCCUUCAGGUAUCAGUAUCGUGGCUGGCGCACUGGAAAGGCAGAGGGCGCCAGGGGCGAGGUCGACGCUGCGGACAGGGAUUGGUACUCCGAGCGGGUGACGCCGUCCUCGGCAAGCGGGUCGUGCCAGAGCGAAGUGCAGUGCUCCUUCACGUUCAGCAGCUUGGACCGCCGCAAGCUCGAAGCGGAUCCGUGGGUGAGACGAUCAUUUCUGGACAAGUUGCAGCAGGCGCUGGAGGCCCAGGUCGGGCCGCUUCUGCAGUCGGAGCACGUCUGGCUGCUCCUGUCGGCGGUGUCGGUGGUGGUCUACGUCCACCUUCGACCCCCGCUGGGCACGUCGGUGGACGAGGUGAUGGCGCUGCUCGCGGAGCCUGCGCGCCUGGCGCGGGAGGCCGCGGGGCACGUGGCGUCGGUCGAGGGCAUCGAGGCGGUCGCGAUUGACCAAGCUCCGGGCUGCGACCUCAGAGGCACCAACACCAUACAGGUGAGCAAGCCUCGGGUGGUGCCUCGGGCCGUCACCCUGCGCUGCUCGCAGAUGCCGAAGGGCCAGCACAGGCGUAGAGACGGACUUUGUUGUGGGUGCGGUUACAUGGUUAAGCCUGUUGGGGCAGCCGGGGCAGCCUGCUCGAGCGUCUCCUGGCAUGCCUCUUUGGCGACGCUCAGGGCGCGAGGUGGCUCCCGGACCUCGGCAGGCUGCUCUUCGAGAUCUCCGACGGCUUCGCGACAGGCCUUUCGGGGAUGCUGA